CCGCAGGAGGAGCCGGGCACGCCGUCCUCCUCCCCCGAGGACAAGCUGCUGGCCAGCCCGCGGGCCAUCAACAACCUGGUGCUGCAGGGCUGCUCGUCCAUCGGGCUGCGCCUGGUGCUGGAGUACCUCUACACGGCCAACGUCACCCUCUCGCUGGACACGGUGGAGGAGGUGCUGUCGGUCAGCAAGAUCCUGCACAUCCCGCAGGUCACCAAGCUGUGCGUACAGUUCCUCAACGACCAGAUCUCGGUGCAGAACUACAAGCAGGUGUGCAAGAUCGCCGCGCUGCACGGCCUGGAGGAGACCAAGAAGCUGGCCAACAAGUACCUGGUGGAAGACGUGCUGCUGCUCAACUUCGAGGAGAUGCGCGCCCUGCUCGACUCGCUGCCCCCUCCCGUAGAGUCGGAGCUGGCCCUCUUCCAGAUGUCCGUGCUCUGGCUGGAGCACGACCGGGAGACCCGCAUGCAGUACGCCCCGGACCUGAUGAAGCGCCUCCGCUUCGCCCUCAUCCCGGCGCCGGAGCUGGUGGAGCGGGUGCAGUCGGUAGAUUUCAUGCGCACCGACCCCGUCUGCCAAAAGCUACUGCUGGACGCCAUGAACUACCACCUGAUGCCCUUCAGGCAGCACUGUCGGCAGAGCCUGGCCAGCAGGUGA